CCCGCGCUGUAUCCACACUCACACACCUCCCUCAUCUCCAGCGAAGCUCAGCUCAGCUCAUCCUCACGCGCGCAUGGCAGCCAUGGCCACCACCGCGUCCAGCCUCCUCAAGACCUCCUUCGCCGGCGCGCGCCUCCCGGCCGCCGCCCGCAGCACCUCCUCCGUCUCCGUCGCGCCGCGCGCCUCCAUCUGCAACUCCAUCUCGUCGUCCAAUCCCCCCUACGACCUCAACGCCAUCAGGUUCAGCCCGAUCAAGGAGUCCAUCGUCUCCCGCGAGAUGACCCGCCGGUACAUGACCGACAUGAUCACGUACGCCGACACCGACGUCGUCGUCGUCGGCGCCGGCUCCGCGGGGCUGUCGUGCGCGUACGAGCUGUCCAAGGACCCCUCCAUCAGCAUCGCCAUCAUCGAGCAGUCCGUCUCCCCCGGCGGCGGGGCCUGGCUCGGCGGGCAGCUCUUCUCGGCCAUGGUGGUGCGCAAGCCAGCGCACCUGUUCCUCGACGAGCUCGGCGUGGCCUACGACGAGCAGGAGGACUACGUCGUCAUCAAGCACGCCGCGCUCUUCACCUCCACUGUCAUGAGCCGUCUCCUGGCGCGGCCCAACGUCAAGCUGUUCAACGCCGUCGCCGUCGAGGACCUCAUCGUCAAGGAGGGACGCGUCGGCGGCGUGGUUACCAACUGGGCGCUGGUGUCGAUGAACCACGACACCCAGUCGUGCAUGGACCCCAACGUGAUGGAAUCCAAGGUGGUGGUGAGCUCCUGCGGCCACGACGGGCCGUUCGGCGCCACCGGCGUGAAGCGGCUCCAGGACAUCGGCAUGAUCGACGCCGUGCCCGGCAUGCGCGCGCUUGACAUGAACACCGCCGAGGACGAGAUCGUCCGCCUCACCCGCGAGGUCGUCCCCGGCAUGAUCGUAACCGGCAUGGAAGUCGCCGAGAUCGACGGCGCCCCGAGAAUGGGUCCGACGUUCGGCGCCAUGAUGAUCUCCGGCCAGAAGGCGGCGCACCUGGCCCUGAAGGCGCUCGGCCGGCCCAACGCCAUCGACGGGACGAUCAAGAAGGCCCCGUCAGCCACGCACCCGGAGCUGAUCCUGGCGUCGAAGGACGACGGCGAGACCGUGGACGCCUGAGCGAACAAGGGGAAAAGAUCGGAAACAAGCAACGCCUCAGUGUGUGGGAGUGCGGAGUAAGAUGUGGUGGUGGUGGUGGCACGGCGGCGUUGGGGACGACGACAAGAUGUGGGCUUUUCCCUGCGGUUUUUGGGAGAUUUGCUUAGACACCCUUGUUUAUCUUAGCUUUGGAUGUUAAUGUGUUUGUUCAUAGCACUGCCACCGUAUGUGCGUGUGCGCGCUCUGCUCUGCUUUGAUUGCCCAUGAGGGCAACAACUCCAUGGAUCCAUCUCUCUGGGACAAAUGAAUAAAGGAUGGAGGAAAUAAGAAUGCUUCUUGCCACUAUUUUUGUUGGUUA